UUAUUUGUCAGCUUGAAAUAGACUCUAUAAUAUAAAAUGGCUUUUAAACCUAUUAGUCCUUGAUUCAUAUAUAGCUUCUAUUGUUGUAUCUAUAAGCCAAUUUCACAUCCAAACCCGUGACCAUAUCAUAAUGCAAUUCUUCUAACUCUGAAAAUUAUAAUUCACUGAGCUUCUGAGGUGAACUCAUCAUAUCAAUUCAUACAAGAUGAGUUCUCACAUGGAGAUUUCAUCAACCAGAGGCUUACCUGAAUUGGGACUAAUAGAGGAUCCUAACUUUCUCCAUCACUGGAAUAAUCACUUAAAUUCUAUCGAUACGAAUAACUUAACUGCUUCUGCUUUUGGAGAUGCUUUACAAAAACAUUUUUUGUCAAAUAAUCCAAAUUUCAACAACAAAACAUAUUGCAUGGAAACUUCACCUACCGGAAGCGAAAGACCGGUGAAACAGCUUAAAAAUAACAGCUGGAAUUACAAUAGUCCUCAAACAUCAGAGACACAAUAUGCUAAUUCUUGCUCCAAUAAUCUUCUUUCAUUUGCUGAUUCGAAUUAUGAAAAUCAAUUGGGAAUGUUGAAGCCUAAGUCUGAGAUGGUUUGUCCUAAAAUCGAUAACAAUAGUACUCUUGCAAACAUGUUUGGGAAUCAAAACCAUGUCUUCAAAGCUUUUCAAGAGGCGAAAGAUAUUGAGACCACUCGUCCUAAUAAACUUUCUCAAGCUCAUGAUCACAUAGUAGCUGAAAGGAAGCGCCGCGAGAAGCUAAGCCAGCGAUUCAUUGCUCUAUCUGCUCUUGUUCCAAACCUAAAGAAGAUGGACAAAGCUUCUGUUCUUGGAGAAGCUAUAAGGUACUUGAAGCAAAUGGAAGAGAAAGUGAGUGUUCUUGAGGAGGAAAAGAAAAGGAAGAAAAGUGUGGAAUCUGUUGUAAUAGUGAAGAAAUCUCAACUUUCUACUACUAAUGAUGCUGACUCUUCUGAUAAUACUACAUUUGAUGAUACAUUACCUGAAAUUGAAGCAAGAUUUUGUGAAAGAAGUGUCCUCAUAAGAUUACACUGUCUUAAGAGUCAAGGAGUUAUAGAGAAAACAAUAAGUGAAAUUGAGAAACUUCAUCUAAAAGUUAUCAAUAGUAGUGCCUUAACAUUUGGGAAUUUCACUCUUGAUAUAACCAUUAUUGCUCAGAUGGAUGUGGGAUUUUGCAUGACACUUAAGGAUCUUGUGAGAAAGCUACGAUCAGAAUAUUCAUCUUUCAUGUGAACAAGUUUCACUACUAGUCUACUACUACAAUCAAAACAUAAAGCACUUAUAUUUUAAAGUUCUUAAUCAGUAAUAAUCAUGUUUGCAAGGAGUGUGUUGUCAUUUCCAAAAAAUGUUUGCUCUAGAGGUUCAUUUUGCAAAAGGGUUUUUUAGCCAUAUUUUCAUUUUUUGCAUGGUCAACUCGUUGACCAUGUUAUUAUCAUGUACUCUUUUGUUUCAAGAAUGUAGAGCAUCCUUUGCAUUUUUUUUUUGGGUAGAA